AUGCUCGUCCAGGGCGAGCUAUCGAGAACGGAAUUCUUCGGUCCCGAGAAGCAAGUGAUUUUCACCAGCAAACCGUUUGUCCUUGCCAAAAACAAGAACAUACGAUUGGUUGACGACGAUGGCAGCGAUGAAGUAACAGAGGGACGACUUGAGGUUUUCGUUGAUGGUACGUGGGGUACGGUAUGUAAUCGAACUUGGUCUGCACAACUGACACAACUGUCCUGCAACCAGCUGGGUUUGAUAGCUGACCCGGAAUUUUUCGAGAAUUGGAGGAUAUUUCGUUCGCAGGGUGAUCUGCCGAUGAUCAUGGACAACAUCCGAUGCGAGGAAAACGAGGUGGAUUUGACACGAUGUCGCCACGACGGUGUCGAACACAACGUGGCCGCGGGCUGCCGUCCCACGGAAGUAGUAGCUAUACGAUGUGCUGAACCUCGUUGGGCCGGAGUGCGCUACUCGCUGCUCGCGAAUCCUCCAACGUUCACUGGUCAGACCACGAUGAGCAACUGGAUUAUUGAGAAGGCCGGUUUGUUCGAUUUCCGAUUGCCGGUAUUCUCUCCAGCUCUUCAAAUCGACUGGAACUACCACUGUGUUUCACAAUCUCAUAUUCAGGCAUUGUUGACGAACAAUCGCCGUAAUGGAAUGCAUCUUCGAUCUGUUGGCAUCACGUUGGAGAACAUGAGUUUAACUCGGUCCGGGCAGGCAGGACUUCGUUACAACCCUCAGAUAUCCUCAUCACUGCAAAGGGAUAUAGUCGUUGAGAGUCACUUGAAUCAAAGGAAGUUCCUGGUGGCCAAGGAGACCCCAGAAUGUCCAGCCGUUCCUUUGGAGCGUUGUUUCUUCGAGAUGAAACUGCAAGCUAGCGGUUUCGGCUACGGUCUUCCCGCGAGAAUGGCCAUCCAGAUCGUGAACCCGGUGCCGAACAUUUUCGGACGAGGAUGCCGUUUUUCCUGUUGUAUUCAAUUCCAACCUGGUUACCAUGCAAUACACGCGGUCCUACGGUGCUCCGAAGCUGAUCGUUCUUGUACUUUUCCUCGAUGCUCAAGAAUACCUCGAUCGAUUUGUCCAUCUUUACAAUUCCGUGGUCGAAGACUAAUCAAUACGGUAUUUCGUCGGUCCACUACAGUAAUCUGUCAUAUCCCUGAUGGAACUAUCACCAACCGAUGGAGUAAUGAGAAACUGUGGUUCCAAAAGGUGAACUUCACCCGGAACUCAGACGCUGUCAUUUGGAUCCAUUCACCGCAACACGAAGUUUUGCCUAAUACUCCUAUUCAGAGAUCUACUACCAUCUGGACAAUUGUUCGAUUGUCGGACAAUCAUGGACCAGGUGAU